AUGUCUUCUGCAGUAGGACUAAGAGAAAUAUAUGCUACUUUUGACGUCUUGUCAACAUUUUGUGAAUCAGAUAUUAAGGAGGAUGAAGAGAAGAAUAUCAGAAACAUUUGUAAGGACACAAUAGUUGUUAAUACAAAUUUGUAUGCAUUAACAAAAGACGCUAGUGCAGUUGGUAGAAAGUGGCAAAAUAUAGACUUAGAACAAGAAAGACGACGGCUAAGGAAGACAAGUACCAAUGCAGUAAAG